AUGCAUGGAAUUAAAAGAAAGAAAUGGACCCGAGAGCUUAUCAAUCAGAAGAAGAUACAUGAUAGAGAAAGAAUAAAUCAUUAUAGAAAUCUAGUCGACAAGGCACUGCUUGCAAGGGAUUCUAAUGUAUAUGACUUAGAUUCAUUGAAGCAGACAGCCGAUAUAUUGCAACUAAAUCCUGAGCUAAACGUAAUGUGGAAUUAUAGAAGAGAUAUUAUCUUGCACAUUGGCGAUAGUUUUAGUGAAGAGCAUUGGAAUAGAGAAUUAAUAUUUAUAAUGACUCAGUUAAAGAGAUUUCCGAAAGUGUACUGGAUUUGGGAUCACAGAAUUUGGACCUUAAAUAACCAUCCAGGCUCUAGUCUGAAGUUAUGGAAAGCUGAAUUAGACAUUGUUAAUAAGUUAUUAGAACUUGAUUCGAGAAAUUAUCACGGUUGGCACUAUAGACGGAUCGUUAUUGUAAAGAUCCAGAGUCAUUCCUCUGAAAAUAUGAGCAAGGAAGAACUUGAUUAUGUCACUUUGAAAAUCAACCAGAACAUAUCAAACUUUUCAGCCUGGCAUCAAAGAGUACAGGUCAUCUUAAGUUUGAUAGAGGGGAAUGAAAUUGAUGAAAAAAAACAAUUUUUUGAAAAUGAAGUAAGUUAUAUUACAAAUGCAAUGUUCACAGAUGCAGAAGAUCAGUCAGUAUGGUUCUAUUUGAAAUGGUUUAUCAAAAGCGAUGUUGUAAAGGAAAGUUUAGGCCAAAAGUCCUAUCUAAAGAUGCUCGAGUCCUUGAAAAAAAAUAUAAUUGCCAUUAAUGAUGAUGAUAUUGCAUUCUCAGGAAAGGGAAAUAAAAGGUGCCUGAAUACUUUGAUUAAUAUUGAAAAUAUUCAGAAAAAAUUCAAUCCAAGUCUCGAAUUGCAUACAAAGGAAUAUCUGCAAAUAUUAAUUGAAGUAGACCCUCUAAGAAAAAAUAGGUAUGUACACUUACUUUCAAAUUUAUGA